AAGUAAAUAAAUAAAAUAAAUUUAUUAAGAACCAAGCUUGCCCGGUUCCAUAGAAUAGAACAAUAGAAAAGAGAAGAAGAGAAGAGAACCUCUCUUCUCUAAUCCGAUUCCCACGCUUCUUCUUCCAUUCAAUCCAUUUCCUUCUCUCUCUCUCAACACAUUAAACGACAAAAAUCCAAUCUUUAUCACUUUAUCCUUCCUCCAUUUCCCUUCCUUAACAAACCCAACAACAAAAAUCCAAUCUUUAUCACUUUAUCCUUCUGGGUUUUCUUCGUUCUGCAUUUUCCAUUGGUGGGUUUGGCUUGAAUCGAUUAGAUUUCAUCUGGGUUUGUAUUAGAAGAAGUGAAGAUUCAAACUUUGGGUGAAAGGAAUUAUGUAAAUGAAGAAAAUCGAAAUGGCUGAGAGGAAUAAUAAUGCUUUAGCUCUUGGAAUCAUUGCUCGUAAAUCAUUAUUCUGUCUUUUUACUAUUGCUUCAAUCGUCUUUAUAUUUUCAUGGUUCUUUGUAUUGCGUUCAACUGCUCCUCCUCGUUUCAUAGAUCACAGCUUGUUACCAAAUUCUAAGGUGAUGUCAUCAACAAUCAACAAUGGUGAAACUGUUCAAUCAGUCUUAGCAGAUUUUGAAGAAGGAAAUGGUGAAAGAGAAGACUCUUCUUCUUCUUCUUCUUCUCCUUGUUCUUCAUGCCAAACAAGUAAUAGUAUUAAUAAUAAUAAAGAUUCUCUUCUUAAAGUUUACAUGUAUGAUUUAAACCAUGAAUUUCAUUUUGGGCUCUUAGGUUGGGAACCAGAAGGAAAUAAUAAUAAUAAGAAUAAACAAGUAUGGCCUAAUCUUCUUAAGAAAGUUCCUGAUUAUCCUGGUGGAUUGAAUUUACAACAUAGUAUAGAAUAUUGGCUUACAUUAGAUAUUCUUGCUUCAGAACUUGUUAAUCCACCUAAGGCUAGUUCUGUUAGAAGAGUUUAUAAUGCUAGUGAAGCUGACAUUGUUUUUGUACCAUUCUUUUCUUCAUUGAGUUAUAACCGAUAUUCGAAGACGAAUUCGAAUCAAAAGAUGAGCAAUAACAAGUUACUUCAGGAUAAGUUAGUGAGGUAUUUGAUUGCUCAAAAGGAAUGGCAAAGAUCAGGUGGAAGAGAUCACUUGAUUGUUGCUCAUCAUCCUAAUAGUAUGUUAGAUGCAAGGAUGAAGCUUUGGCCUGCUACUUUUAUACUUGCUGAUUUUGGUAGGUAUCCUCCUAAUAUAGCAAAUGUGGAAAAGGAUGUGAUUGCACCAUACAAACAUGUGAUUAGAACCUUUGUUAAUGAUUCAUCUGGUUUCGAUAACCGGCCUACUUUGCUGUACUUCCAAGGAGCAAUCUAUAGAAAAGAUGGUGGCUUCAUUAGGCAAGAAUUAUUCUAUCUUUUGAAAGAUGAAAAAGAUGUGCAUUUUCAAUUCGGGAGUGUUCAAAAAGACGGGAUUCACAAGGCUACACAAGGAAUGCACUCGUCGAAAUUCUGUCUCAACAUAGCAGGGGACACCCCAUCAUCAAAUCGCCUCUUUGAUGCCAUUGCCAGCCACUGUGUCCCUGUCAUCAUUAGCGACGAUAUUGAACUACCCUACGAGGAUGUCCUAGACUACUCAGAGUUUUGCAUCUUUGUCCGUACAAGUGAUGCUCUUAAAGAGAAAUUUCUCAUUAACCUUGUCAAGAGUAUAGGGAAGGAGGAAUGGACUCGAAUGUGGAAUAAAAUGAAAGAGGUUGAAAGUUUUUACGAGUUUCAGUAUCCAUCGAAGGAAGGUGAUGCUGUACAAAUGAUUUGGCAAGCUGUUGCUCGAAAAGUACCUGCUAUUAAAAUGAAAAUACACAAGUCUAGACGAUUUUCUCGUUCUCUUGAUCGAAAGGACACCGAGUUUAGACACAUACCUUCUCCGAACAACUUCUGGUAAGAUUGAGAAUAUCAGAAGUAAGAUUUUUCUGGUUUUUUCUUCCUUUUGUGCUCUUUUUUUUAGUUAGAGCUCUUUGACACAAGCCAUACAACUUUUUUUUGUUCACUUCACAUUUUUUUUGGACUGACAUUGUCACAAUGUUAUUGUAAAGAAAGGGAAAAACAUAAUAACAUGAAAGAAUAACAAUCCUUUACUGUUUUUUUUUCUUAA